CAAGUGGCCUUGCUGAAAGAAUGCAACAUUAAGGGAUAUCUUGAGUGACACGUGGCAAGUACUGCACGCGUUACAUCUCCCUGUUGUCCAUAACUAUGUCAGUGGAAAUAUCUUAUCCAAAUAGACUUGGAUGAACAUAACUCUGCAGCCACUAAAAAAUCUCGCAAAUAAGGAUGGCAUCUCCGAUGGCAUUGCGGCUCUUCUCCCCAAACUUACCUUGUCCUCAAUGGAGGUGCUCCAAAGCAGGCCACAUUACCCAAAGCCUCGAGAGGCAACUCACCAGAAGAAGAUUAACAGCAGCAGCAGCUCUCGCAACAGCUUUCCUAGUUAAGGAAGCCUUCUCAAAUUUGAACAAUGCGUCAUCUUUGGAAUUUAGAUUUACAGUUCCAGACCAGACACUGGAGGAGGCUGAUGCUGGGGUAAAGGUCCAUGCACGGGACCUCCUGCAAAUAAAAGAUUUUAUAGAUUCAAAGUCAUGGAAGGAAGCACAGCUUGCACUCAGGGAGAGAUCUUCAUUUCUCAAACAAGACCUUUACACCAUCAUUCAAGCGAAACCAGGAAGCCAAAGGCUGCAGCUAAGAAAGCUCUACUCCAUUCUCUUUAACAAUGUUUCUAGGCUGGAUUAUGCAGCGAGAGACAAGGAUGAGAAUGUAGCGCGAGAAUGCUAUAACAAUAUUGUUGCCACUCUAGAUGAGAUUUUUGCGAUUAUCUAACAACUUCAAUGCUUUGAGUUUAGUCAAAAAAAGAAAUGGUGGAAAAACUAAAAGCAUGAUGGCAGUUAAUAAUGCAAGAUCCAGUUAAUCUCAUAUGACAACCACAAUCCUAUUAUUUUAUGAAACUGCAGCAAGAUUUCAAGCAGAAAUAACUAGCUGCAUGACAAAUAAUUCAUUCACAGAUGAUGAGCAGCUUGGUUCUUUUUCUUUCCACAUAUAGGUUUGGGUUAAUACGGUAUGAAGAUUGAUUCAUAUCUGCCACUAAAUCUUUGUCCAUUUUGAAUGCUGAAUGGACAUGACGAUGAAGCAAAAAGAAUGACUUAUAUGCAAGCACCUAGAAAUGUUAUCGUUCCAGAAGUUCCCUCUUGAAUGAAGCAUAUACAUGGUGACUCUACAGCAGAAGCUCAAAAUGUGCAGUGUCAGGUCAAACUCAGCCCAGGAAAUGGAUUACUUCCGGAUGCUUGAUGCUCCUCAGAUAUUCCAAGAUAGGAACUUUACAGAUUGCUCUUGAUAGUCUUUGCAGUGGAGACAGCUCUGACCAUUUCCAUGCAUUUACAGAAGAAGAUUUUGUAAUUACAUAGAACUGAUUGCACCUCAUCUCACAGUCAGUUACCCGCAGUUUGGUUGUUCCUUCAAGUUACCUGCUGCAUAAACCUUCACAAAGAAUACAAUGGCAGGGAUAAAACAGAGUACUGUCAGUGCUUCAGAAAAAUGAUCACUGGGUAUUUGUAGCAAAUCAGGAUUUUGACCAUGUGUCUUUAUUUCGAGAUUGUAGCUAUAUAGAAAUCCAGAGACUAAUUGAUAUAAUAUUACGGACUUCCACAUUCUAGAAUAAGCAUGUUCAUAAAAACUUCCAUACAAAGAACACUAUAUUCCAGAAUAAGCUUAGUGAAGAUUUUACUUCAGAUUCACCUAAAAUUUUAAGGCUGGAUAAGAAAGCAAUACAUUUGGUUUCAAAACGCACAGACAUGGAUAACAGAUUAUUAAGGGGCUGUUUCGAUGCCUAGAUAAGUUAUUCGUUGGAUAAAUCCAAUUUAGAUCAACAGUGAAGGAAGUGAUACUUGCAUGGAGUGAGGAAAUUCUGCUCAACAAUGGCAGUAAGGAAGCACACAAUCCUGAAAAAAUGGAAAUGUUAACUUCCGGUGAAAAGGUGAUUUACAGUAUCCUGUUUUUUAGGGACUAUUUAUUCUAUAGUUUUCCCAAUUAGGAAAACUCUUCACGUCCCCGUAUCAAACUCUUUGCUUCCCAUAGUAUACAACCCUUCUAUUGUGGGCUAAAUUUUCUCAAAUUCAAGGAAUAACCUAAUUGAACAUGCAAACAGGGCCCAUUUACCAAUCUGUAGCUGUUGCGGACAGAAAGACAUCACAUUUGAUUUCAUAUGAUUUAGUUUACAUCAAACAUACUAUUUUGGAGACCCUUUAGGAUAACAAACACACAGUAACAAAAGUGCAUCAAGUUUAAAUUGUUAGGGGCUGAUAGCACAACAGGGUAAGGGAGGCAUAGACUGAAGAAUGAUAUGAUUUUAUUUUCUAGACUGCAGCUAAUAGCUGUAUAAAAAAGUCCAAUAUCGGUAUAUUUCUUUUCUUUUUUUUAGAAGAGAAAUCAUCCCAGACAAAAUCAAAAGAAUUUUUGCUUUUCUUUCCCUUCAACACAGCUUACUCAUAAGUGGAUUGUGUGAAUGUGUUUGUGUUUGUGUUUGCUGUGUCGGUACGGUACGAGACGAUUAUAGUACCACGAGAAUGUGAAUGAAUUUAUUUGGGUGUUAAUUGUUUGAAGAUUUCCCUGACACCUCUUUAUGAGAGUUGUCCUCUAGGAGCAAUAGACAUGUAAAGAUCUAGAAACAGAUGUAGUGUCAUCAAGGAGCAAUAGUACACGUACCUUGACGGUUCCGCUUCAUACUAAAAUCA